AUGGAGAAAAUAACAGAGAAACUUUUACUGGAGAAAGCUUCUCCAAAAGCCACCAAGCUGGAGCAAAUCAAAGCGCUGAAUCUGUCCAAGAUGGGGCUGAAGCUGCAGGACCUUCCUGUCAAACUGCUGUCCCGUCUCCAGUCCCUGGAGCGUUGGGAUUUGUCUGGAAACCGACUGCAGGAGUUUCCAAAGAACUUGGAGCUUCGUGCGCUUCGAUACCUGGACCUCAGUGAUAACCAGAUGGAGGACGUCACCACCCUGGAGUCUCUGAGCAGCUUGGAGGAGCUCAAGCUGGAUGACAACUUUUAUGUCACUGUGAGUGACAAUUAUAAGCUGAUGGUGUUACUGCCAAAACUGAGGAUUUAUAACGGCAAAGAUGUCAGCACCACAGCCAACCACUUGAGAUAUGUGUAUAGAGACAACCUAAAGACCAGGAUCGUUGCAGUUUGGGAGAAAAACUUCAGUCUUCCAGAUCCCAGUACAGCUGAGAAAAUGUCCACUUUGGAGAAGAACUUUGUGAGCGCUGCUGCUCAUCAAGUUAAAUUUGGUCCCAGUUCAGUCAGCGAUUUCACCAAAUGGAGAGUGGAGAUUUUAGCAAAAGAGUUUCUGCGCUCGCUGACGGAACCAAAAGAAGACUUUGACAGCCAGGAGUGUGCCGACGUUAAAGAGAACUGUGAUGUCGCUGCGUCUUCCAAAAGGAAGCGAACCGAAGCAGCAGCAGAGACCAGCGUAAGACUGAUGCCUCGCAAGAAGUUGCGCUCAGAUCUCACGACAUCUCCGGUCGACAGCAGCCGUCUCAAAUCCAGCCUUCGCCUAAAACACCAGGCAGAAACUCCGAUCAGGAUAAGCCCCCUCAAGACGAGCAGAACUCUCUCUACUCCCACCAAAGCACAGACGAAGGCAGAGGCGCCCAGGAGGAGUUCGAAAGUGCAACAAACUAAAGAGGAGAAAAGUCAAGUUGGACAGAAGGACGAUUUGAGUAAAUGCAGAAAUGCUCACGCGCUUCCCAAAACAAAGACUCGGCCCGUGCGCCUGGAGCAGCUUCACGUGCUGCAGUGUCACAGUAAACAGAACAGCGCAGAGGACUUCUCCACCCAGCUGUGGAGCUGCGCCUUCCAGCCGUUUCCAGAUUCCUCCGGAAGUGGUGGGGGAAGCCGCCUGGUCGCCACCUGUGGAGGAGACUCUCUUUGUGUGAUUGACUGUGAAACCGGGAUGGUGAUGAAGAAAUACAAAGUUCCAGGAGAAGAGUUCUUCUCCCUGGCCUGGUCCACAGUGCUGAUGUCCAGCGGAGGAGAGGCAGCAGCUCAGCUCUGCAGCGUUCUGGCUGCUGGUGGGAAGAGAGGACUGGUCAAACUGGUUCAUCCCAGAAACAACGUGGCCUACGGCGAGUUCAGAGCCAGCAGGAAGUCUCUCGCUGUCCUCCGCUUCAACCACAAACAGGGAAACUUUCUAUUCACGGGAUCCUACGACAACAAGAUAAUAAUGUGGGAUAUUGGUGGCGUGGACAGCAGUUACAAUUUCAAAGUUGUUCAGCUGUUAGCGUUGGAGGUCAGCGCCACACCCCUGCACAUCUGUCUCCCCCCAGCGUCUCCCAGCACACACCUUCUGACUGCCUGCGAGGACGGCCUACACUGCUAUAACACACAACUUGGUACCAGUAGCACCACAAAGAGGUCCAAAGAAGCAGAGGUAACCUUUCCCAUUUAUAAGGAGGAUAAAAACUAUGAAUACCACACCGUCGACGGUCUGAGUUUUCUUACCGAUGACAUAGUGGCCGCUAAGGUCUACAUGCACAGUUCCAUUUACCUGUGGAGCUGGAGCAGGACCAAAUGUCAGCGGCCCGACAGGAAGAGCAAGGCAGUGUGUGCUGUGGUUCUGGCUGAGCUGCAGUGGGCCAACACCGAGGUUCCUUACCUGGCUCUCAACACCUGCCUCGGACGGGACUAUGUAGCGUGUGGUGAUGAAAAAGGCAGAAUAUGGACGUAUCACGUCAACGACUUCCAGAAACACAGUUCUGGGAAACCCAUUCUGCCCACUGAGGUGUUGGAGUGGCCGUCCCCAGUGAGGAAGGGCCUCGGUCAGAUUGAGGGUCCGUCCAUCAACAGUGUGGCAAUGGACCCGGAGCUUCACUACCUGGUUGCCUUAAGCGAUAAAAACAUGGUGAUCAUAUGGAAGAGAGAAGAGUCCUGAAGAAUAUAGACUGUACGUUCUAAUGAAUAUAAUGACAGUUUUCAGGUACUCAAAACAAAAGUUUUUGACUUUUCAGAAGAGUUACCAAAGUUUAGUAUUUUUUUAAGGUUUUUUUUUAAGAAU